AAAAAAGUUUGCAGCUACUGUCAAAGUCACGAGAUGUUAUUUUAUCUGAAUAUAAACAAAAUUUAAAAUUAAAAAAAUUAUAAGUUCUUUCCAAUAUCUACAAAGUGAUUAUCGUCUGAUAAAAAGUAUAAACUAAAUUUAAAACCGGUCAGUGGAUAGGCUUAUAGGUGACUCUAGAAUUAUGUUUCCGCUGAUUAUUAUAUAAAAAUUAAUUCUUAUAUUAUUUAUUUAUUUUUUCUAUUGAAACUAAAAUGAGUGAUAUAAAAAGUUUACCUGUAGAGACAUUCAUAGAAAUACUUAUAAAUACGGAUGGUAUCACAGUUGGUAAGUGUCGGAGAGUUUGUAAGGAAUGGAAAGAAGUUAUUGACGAGAACGACUUGAUUUGGCAAGAAAUCUGUCGAAAGGAAUGUAAAUAUUCCUCCAGAAUUGCUAAAAAGAAAGCAGGCAACGAUUGCAACUGGUAUCAUGUGUAUAAAAAUCUCAGAAUGUGGUCUCACGUUACAUCUUAUCAAAGAAAUGUGAGGGAGUUUUAUAAUUUUUCUUUGCAUGACAAGACUCAUGCAUUGCCAGUUGAUUACAAUAUAUUACCAUUGAAAGAUACUAGAGGUGUCGUUCUAUAUGAUAUGAGUACUUUAAAGUAUAUACCGGUAUCAGUUCCUGAGAGAAGUUGUCUGAAAAUUGAAAAUAACAAUUUUGUGACCAUCAUACUAUUAAAGUCAGGCUUAUUUUUGCAAAGGACUGUGCAAAAUGACGAACAGAUGAGCGAGGCAUUUUUUAAAGCCGACAAUUUCGUCCUAGCAUAUGACAUUUUGUAUUUUUUUAAUAAUAGAGAUGUGUAUAGAUGUGAUUUGAGAAUAAAUAAUUUGUCCUCACAUUUAAUAUUACAUUGUGACUAUGAUAUCAAAGCUAUGCAAUAUGAUAAUGGUACAUUGCAUUUGUUUACUGACUGCGGAAGGAUUGUUAAUUUUGGAAAAGAUAAGAAAGUGACUGUAAAGUCUAUAGACUGUCCACCUGAGUGGGUGAAACAAAUAAAACAUGUAUCUGUGAUAAAUGACAAGAACUUUGUUUGCUAUUCACGAAAUCUGUUUAAAAUCGAGACAAAUAAAUACCAACAUUUAUAUUUGGAUUUCCCUCUGAUUACGGCAUUGUUUUUUUAUGCUGAUAUAGUUUUAAUAGGCACAAGGGCUGGGGAAAUACUGCUAUAUCGUUUGGCAAGUCAAAAAAGAGCAAUCAAACCUAUUUUUGAAGAGAUAGCUGUGUUGCCAGAUGGGAAAUUUGCUGUUCAGUUAGAUGUGUGUGAGAGAAAGACAGGACCAGUUAUAGUGGUGGCAACAUUCUUUGAAAUAAUGCUUAUAGAAAUUGAUUUCUUUUCACAUGAGAAACAAGGGAAAAUAUCUUUUGGCUCAGAUAAAUUAUGUAUGUAUAAAAGAUUAUCAAGAUUAAAAGACAGACUGAAUGUGAAUUAAGUCAUAGAUGAAAUAUUUUUAUUAUUUUGAAGCCAAAAAUUUUAUUCUCAUUUAAAAAAAAAAUAUUUUAACAAUUAUUUAUUUAUUGUUUAAGUAGAUUAACAUGAAAUAUUAUUAUUGUUUUUUUUUUUUGUAGUUUAACAUAAUAUUUGUACAUAAAUUAAUUGUAAAAUAUUAAUUUAUUUAAAAAUUAAGUAUAAUUUAAAAUGGUUAUGUAAUAGUAUGUUGAUGUUGUAAAUGUUGAUAAAAAAUAAAUAAAAUGAUAAAU